AUGCUAGAAUAUUUUACAGAUGCUUUGACAAACGGGCAGGAGAUUGGUUUCGAUUUUAACGAAAGACCUAAAACACUUCUAGAAGGUUACGUAACAAAGAAAGUUAAAAAUCAAUGGCAUGUAGUUUGUGAAGACAAUCUAACAACAGAACAACAGGAACAAGCUGCUGUUCACAUUUGCCACUAUUUAGGAUUUAGUUCCGCCAAUCGAUAUCGCCUUAAGCACUUAAACGUUAAUGAAGAAAUAUUAAAAUCUGCCAAUGACGAUAGAGCUCGAAGAGAUAUUAGACCUGGAGCCAAGGUUCAUUUCACAUAUAGAGAAUCAAGCUCAAAUGGAAACGCUAGAAAUAUAGAAAUUAAGGAACCACAAGUUCUUAAAGAGCAAUGCAUUCCAAAUGUUACAAAAACUUGUAUGACUAUGUAUGUUUAUUGCGAUAAUAGUUUAUUCACUGAUUUUGACCUGUCGCAAAAUCUUUUGUUCGCGCGAUCUGCAGAUUCUAGUCUUGAACAAACGUGGCCCUGGAUCGCCAAGGUAUUUGUCGAAGGAAAAUACAAAUGCACUGGGGUUCUAGUUGAUCCAAGUUUGGUGUUAAUCAACCAUGCAUGCCUUUGGGAUUCAAUCCCAAGCCAAAAUUACAUUACCGUAAUUCUUGGAUCUCACAGAACACUGAAUUCUACUAGCGGACCAUUUGAACAAACAUAUGUUGUUAACGGCAAGAAAGACAUAUAUCGCAGCAAUGUAAUCUUACUUCGUUUGAAUGGAUCAGCACAGUACUCCAGUAUGGUGAAACCCAUGAUUAUUCAAACUACAACCAUUCCAGAUAAUAAACCGUCAAUAUGUGUAGCAGUUGGUCAAGAUGAAAAUAACAAAACAGUUAGUGUUAUUGUAGAAGAAACUAAUGAAAAUUGUUACUCGCAUAAUAAAUGUUUCAAAGUUAAAAACAAUUUAAAACUUUGCAGUCCUAAAAUGGUAUCGAGUCGCGAGUGGUCGGGAAUAGUAAGUUGUCACACGGAACAAGGCUGGUAUCCCUCAGCAUCAUUUAUCGAUAACAGAGGCGAAUGUGGCUCUUUCAAUCACAUCAUUGGCACUAACAUUGAAAAUUUGAAGCUGGAAAUUAAACAUGCAAAUACAGAUGGCGCUUUCUCUUCCAAAAACUUGAACACUUCUGACAAAUGUGAAGGAAUAAGGUGUGGACGAGGAAAGUGCGUGGAUAUUCGUAGCCUAUGUAACGGUAUAAGGGAAUGUGAAGAUGGAAACGAUGAAUCACAACAGGCUUGUGAAAAGAGACAAAAUAUAUGUAAGAGAAAUCCACCUGGCAAAGGUUGCGUAUGUUCCGUUGACCAAUUCAGAUGCCACAAUGGCCAAUGUAUACCUAAAGAAAUGUUCAAUGACGGCCAUGAUGACUGCGGCGAUAAGACCGAUGAACCCGGAGAUUCGACAUGUUCCAAAUACCUAGCUAGAGUGAUGCCUUCAAGCUUAUGUGACGGUAUAUUAAACUGCAAAGACAGGAGUGACGAGGACCCAAUGUUCUGUAAAUGUUUCGCAAAUCUAACUUAUCCAUGUGGAAAAACUAGUGAUGUGAACCAUUGUGUAGCCCCCGACGUGGUAUGCGAUGGAAUAGCUGAUUGUCCCAACGGUGAAGACGAACAAACCUGCAUCGGUCUAAGUGCACCUCAGGGAACACCGUACGGAAGAGGUCAAGUAAUUAUGCGAUCUCACGGCGUCUGGCAUUCUAAAUGCUAUACCAAAUCGAAACAUACAAAAUCCGAACUAGAAGCCAUUUGCCGAGAAUUAGGAUUCAUUAGUGGACACGCUAAAGAAUUGAAUGCCACUGACAAUCUGCCUCUCCAUAAACACAACAACGUGAUGUUGGACAAUUUCAGUGACAUCAUUCUAAAUAACAAUACUCAAAUUAAGCUGAGAAAUACUCGCGAACCUUUAGCUAGAGCAAUUUUUGACGACCAACUAACAAAUUGCCACCAUGUUUUCAUUGAAUGCUUAUGA